CCUCUUAUGUUCAUCCAUGUGGCCGCACUGACCCUAAUUAUGAUCAAUGCAUUGCGGGCAAUAUCAACAAUAUAAAAGAUAAGAUCUGCACAGGGCUACCGGAAUUUGACCUUUCUCCAAGCGAACCAUUAAUGAUUGAUAAAGUAUUUGUCUAUGAUACAAAUGAUCUUAAAUUAUAUUUCACCGAUGGAAAAAUAUAUGACUUUUGUGAUUUCGUCGUAAACUCCGUUCGCACAACACCUGAUAGACUUCACUUCGAAUUUGACGCUAUUCUCAAGAAAAUUCGCAUAGAGGGUUUGUACGAUUUUGACAUACAUCUACUGGUGAAUCUUGCUAAUAAGGGACCAGUUACCAUUACAGCAG